CAUCAUUUUCAGGAGCUAGUGACCAUUUUCCAAGGGACCCCACCCUGACCGUGCGAAUGAUAGAGUUUCUGUAAUGGUUGGAACACACUCAUUUUGACAGGGAAUAACAUACAGAAUUAUAAUAAUACGGACAUUUUCUGAAGGAGUUUAGUUCUAGGGCCUCCCUGGAGCACACACCCAGCACAUAGAUUUUUUUUUCAAUUUUCUAUAUAGUAUUUAAAAAAUUUCAAGAUGACUUCAGAGUUGGAAACCCUAAGGCAAGAGGCAGAGUCCCUCAAGAACCAAAUUAGAGAUGCCAGAAAAGCUGUCAACGAUACAUCCCUAUUUACAGUAACACAGAGCCUGGAAGUUGUAGGACGCAUACAAAUGAGAACCAGGAGAACACUUAGAGGUCAUUUGGCCAAAAUAUAUGCUAUGCACUGGGCAUCUGAUUCCAGUGAUUGUAGAAACCUAGUAAGUGCAUCCCAAGAUGGUAAACUUAUUGUUUGGGAUUCCUAUACAACCAACAAGGUGCAUGCAAUUCCACUUCGUUCUAGUUGGGUAAUGACAUGUGCCUAUGCACCUUCCGGCAACUUUGUAGCUUGUGGUGGCCUCGAUAACAUCUGUUCAAUUUAUAGCCUGAAAACCAGGGAAGGCAAUGUCAGAGUUAGCAGAGAACUCCCUGGUCAUACUGGUGAGUACCUGUACCUCUUCACUACCUCUGUUACAUCCUAUGCAAGUCUGGUCUGUGGCCUUUGGGAUAUUGAAACAGGCCAGCAAACCACAUCCUUCACUGGCCACACUGGUGACGUAAUGAGCCUCUCCCUCGCACCCGAUUGUAGAACAUUUGUUUCAGGAGCUUGUGACGCUUCUGCAAAACUGUGGGACAUUCGAGAUGGCAUGUGUAAACAAACGUUCACAGGCCACGAGUCGGAUAUCAAUGCCGUUUGCUUCUUCCCAAACGGCAAAGCAUUCGGCACUGGUUCUGACGAUGCUACUUGUAGGCUUUUUGAUAUUCGCGCGGAUCAAGAAUUGGCACUCUAUUCUCAUGACAACAUCAUCUGCGGUAUCACGUCCGUGGCCUUCUCAAAGAGUGGUCGUUUGCUAUUGGCCGGUUAUGAUGAUUUUAACUGCAAUGUGUGGGACUCAAUGAAAGGUGAACGCGCUGGAGUCCUUGCAGGUCAUGACAAUCGGGUUAGCUGCUUGGGAGUGACAGAAGACGGAAUGGCCGUAGCCACAGGCUCAUGGGAUAGUUUCUUAAAGAUAUGGAAUUAAUUGGACUUGCCCCCUCCCUUCUCACUAGCAAUUGUAUUAUAUUUAGCCUAACUCAUUUAAUACGAUGGGUUCUGUCCUGCCCUCAAAAUGUAGUGAAUUGUGCUAAAAUGGGCUGAAUAGGAGGAGACGUGAGUAAGUCAGGCCAUAGUUGUCUUUGUCUAGUAGUGACACGGUGUACAAAAGCUCAAAUUCAAACAUUAAAAAAAUCUUUGAAAAAAAUAACGAAGAAAAAGACCUAGGAAAAAAUUGUCAGUCGUUUUGAGUAUGUUUUAGGCAAUGGAAUCUGUCGUGGGAGUGCAGCCGGUUCAAUAGCCGGACUCUCUUGUUGUGUUCGCGUUUCUAAUGAAGCGUUUCAUUCUGGCACAAUAUUGCAAAUUUCACAGGCAUGUUUCAGAUUAAGGAAUUGACUUCUCCCAACACAACUGUUCUUGAACUCUUGUACAGCGCCCUCUACAUAUCAGACAGGAGCAGUGUUUGGGGCACAGCAUGGGACAAUAUGGGUCAAGUGUGGUAGCCCAUCGUGUAGUAUGUGGCCAUGACCACCCAUUUUUAUUGUGUUUGGCGCAUCGGCGUGCACGCACAAACUUAUCCCGAGUCCUCUGAUCACUGUCGGGCAUUGUGCGUGUAGUUUCACUGUUAGCCUUCUUGCAUCGACGACUGUUGCUGAUCAGAACGAGAUUACAAGCUGUUAAUUAUAUUGCUUGAAAACAAAUCGUAGUGUGAUCUUUCUCUGUGAGAUUUACGUUCUAGACGUUAGUAUAACUUAAUAGUCUCUUUUUAUCGGGUUUUAAUGCGUCAUGGAACACCGCUUAUCACCCUAGUUUGAUGUAAAUGAAAAUGAAAACUUUAACAUGUUUAUAUUUUCUUUUGUCCCUCAAGACCUUUUUUUUUUUAUUACCUUUUACUUAUUUGUAUUUUAAAUAUUUAAUACACACUGGGUAAUAAUAUUUGGGCCAAAUUCUCUAUGCCCGGACUUUAAGAGAUUUUUGUAGUGAUUCUGUUCACUGUUUACCCACCAAAGCAUGGUAUGUUAUCCCUUGUACUGUACUUUACUCGUGUUUAGGCUAGCUAGACAAAUCCUGUGUGCGUGUAAGUUAUCGUGGACAUGCAAUCUUAUAGUCGCACAUUUCAAGUUUUUCGCGAUUGGCAGAAGUGUAAUAUAUUUGUCAAUCGGGGAAGUGGGCUACGUCCAUGUUGGGGGAAGAAAAGGAACUCUGCACCUUAAUUAUAUCUCUGGAAAUGUUUAUUCUGUUUGUCUUAGUAGUUAGAGAAUCGAUGUGAUUUUUUUAAAAUGUUAAUAUGUUUGAAAAAAAUAUAAGAGCAGUUACCAAUUUGACUGCCCUAAAAAAUUUGUACAUCCUGUACAUUUCAAAAGCAUUUGUGCGGAGAUAUUAUAUGGGUACUAAUGAAUUUUCAUCCCUGUUUGAUUAGAUAUAGAACUUAUUUAUCAAAGCAAGUUAAUUUAUCUUGUAACAAUAGUUGACAAGAACCCAUUAGUAAAUCCUUAAGGGAGCAGUAUACAGAUUUGAACCAGCGACAAGAUACAUGGUGCCAUUCUAUCAGACCAUUGCAUGGAUUUUUACUGGGUUUAUUUUGUUCUCUCUCUCUUGGACUCUUUGUGUUUUAGAAGGUGCUAAAGAAUCAUAAAAUUGACUUGUUUCAUUUUUCCAAUUGAGCACAUUAUGAAUCAUGUUUGACAUUAUCUUAGUUGGACCUCUUUAAUUUCUGUUUUGAUUGGAAAUUGUAUAUAUUAUAAAAUAUAUUGAGAGCAAUGAUGAUAGAAACUCUUGCAACAAUCGGUGGACAAUGCAGCAACAUUUUCGUUGAAGUAAUUAUUCCCGCAAACCUCAUCCACACUUUGAGGAGGUUUGUUGCUCGAGUUUCUUUGUCUUGGAAGAAACACUGCACAACAGACCCCAAUGCUGAUUUGGACAUGUGUUGGGAAACUAAACCACUUUUUAUUUGUUUUUGCUUAAUGUUUCUUGUUGACUUUUAAAUUAAUUGUAUAUUGAUCUCUGCUCUCUAUAAUCAUUACAGUUUAUAAUCACAUUUUUACCAGGUAUUUUUUUAAUGUUAUUCAAUAUAGAUUUUUAAAUUUUUGACCUCGGUAUCUAAUAUUUUUCAUUUUGAGCAAGUACGCAAAUCAUUGAAAAUUUAGUGGGUAAUAUUCACAACAUUUGACAUCCCGUAAUAGUGGAUGCCUGUUGCUAUUUGUUACACUUCUUUAUGUUUACCAAGUAGCUAGAAAGCAAUUUAUUAAAUAUAUAACGGAGGUUUACCACUAAGACUCAGUAGAAUGAUAUACAAUUGCCUAAAUAAUGUUGACAAUCGCUGUAUAUCAUUGUAUCAUGAUGUGAUUUCUUUUAUAUUCUCAAUCAUAAUUAUAUAUUAAAAUAUACAUAACCCAUGGGUGACGGAUUUAUUUAAAUGCAAAAAUACAAUAUCCGAUUUCGACGAAAGAAGUAGAUUGAUUUGCGUUCAGUAACCAAGUAAGACACAGUUUUUAUCUGUAUAAGGGUGCAUUUCACGAUAAGAAUGAGUAGGCAUUAUAGGGCAUCUUAUGUGAAUAUUUUAUAACAUAGAUUUAAAAACUCAAACUUGUUCGUUAUGAUUUGAUGUAGUUGUAGGGAAAACAGUUGAUUUGAUUGCGAUAUUUACUGGAUUAUCUCUGUGAGACCUGUGCAACUGGUUCCCGCUUGUUAAUCACCGACAAAAACGUCAUUCAGAAAUAUCGCAUAAAUAUAUAUAUAUAUAAAUAGAUGUUUGAGAGAUGUCACAGACAUGUCAAGGAAAUCAUGAUAUCAUAUUUUGUUUCAAGUUCACCAUGUUGAUUGUUUUUUAUGUUUGCCUCGUUUCGUCAAAAGGAAGAAAAACAAAAAACCAAAACCGGAUGCGAUUCCAGAGGGAACUGCUUCACCAGAGACACAAUGAUGACAUUCCGAUUCAAAAACUCAUGAUUUGGUAGCUUGUGUACUGGCAUGAGCCGUCAUUUUUGUUGUUCUUUACCCCUUUGAAUAUUUUGUAACCUUUGAAAGAGGGCUAUAAUAGAGGAAUGUUUAGUAAGCAUUGUGAUAAGAUGCACGAAUCGGUCAAGCAUGUAAGGGACGGUGCGUUUGAUGUCUUUGUUUUCAUGUCAGGGGUGGGGGAUUAUUAAUGACAGAGUAUUUGAAUGAUGUAUUGUAUUGAACUGUUUGCCAUCCCAGAGGUGAAAAUUAGACCAGACAAUUUUCAUCACUUGGCUCCAGAGUAUGUGCAUAUUGUUAUCUGAAAUGCGCAGUUCAAUAAUAUUCAUGAGAAGAAAUUAUCAUGAUUGACUUUGUAUUGUAAUUGGUGCAUAUUAUCAGAAUGCAAAGUUCAUUAAUAUUCAUGAGAAGAAAUUAUGAUGAUUGGCUUUGUACCGCAAUUGGUGCAUAUUGUUAUCAAAAUGCACAGUUCAUUAAUAUUCAUGAAAGGAAAUUAUCAUGACUGGCUUUGUAGCGUAAUUCCAUUAUCACAAGUAAAAGAUACAGUAUUCCAUUUUAUAGAUGAAAGUAGUAGAUUAGUCACAACACUUGAUAGUUGAUACUUUUAAAGGUUCCAUUCUGCUUCACAUGUUCUCUUGGUGUAUAACUUUUGAAUUGUAGGAAAUUAGGUCAUGAAUAACCAUGUUGUCAUGUAUUAUCUACAGUAUUUACUUGGUGACAAAAUGGGGCGGAGCUUCAAUAAGCCACGCCUUUUUUGGGGGUGGUGACUCUAUGAGCCACAUCCCACUGGGGCAAAGCUUUUAAGUCACAUUCCCACUCUGGAGAGGAGCUUCAUUGAUCCCCUAUUGGGUGGAGCUUCAAUGAGCCACAUCCCAUCUUUGGGGGUGGAGUUUCUAUAAGCCACGCCCCUUCUUUUAGUCUUUUUCUCACGCUGAUUUUGUAAGUUGGUAAAGCUAGCUAUCUUAAUGUGUAAGGUGUUUUUGUGUAUCGGACACGGAUAAUAUUUAGUAGCCUCUGUGACGUGUGGUGCUGCAGGGCCAUUCUUAAGACAUGCGCACCUAUCGAUACAUCUUGUGGACUUAUGUAUGAUGUGAUUAAUUUGUCAAUAAAUGUUCCCACAGUAGAAAA